UGUUGUAAAAGGGAAGAAAUUAGCAUUAAUUAACAACCAUUUUCCACCCAUUCUGUGCCACCUCUCCACCUUCCACAACAAAGUCUUUUUUAGCUUCUGGGAUUUGUUAUCUACAUUUAUUUUGCAUCCCAUUCAAGACACACACGUUCCCCCCCCCCCCCCCCUUUUUUAAACCCUGUGAGAUGGUUGCACAAGGCUUGGUCAUUUCCAGGGUUCUACGAAUCCCUGUCACUGUCCUAACACUUUAUGGUUCAUGGUAGGCUGCAACCCUGUUUCCUUAUGGCGUCUGCCCCCUUUGCAAAAACUUGCACACUCCCACAAGGAGAGGGGGAAAAACAUCAGGGUAGAGUGUAUUUCAGCCCAAGGUGAGAAUGGGUUUGGGGCUGGCUUGCUACCAUGUGCUGCCCAACCAGACUAGUUCCAGAACUUCCAUCUGUGGCAACCACCCUCCGGGCCGUGGGAACCUGCCUGCUUUGUUAUAGUAGAGGACGGGAGAGUCGCUGUGAGAGGCGAGGGGAAAUACUGGCAAGUCUUAGUGGUCCACUGUGGGUUGGGAUUUUUUUUUUUUUUUUUUUUUAAUGCCCCCACACCACAGGUAGGUUAAGGCUGCAAGCUGAGCUUGGGGUCACUGUCACAACCUUGUACUGUUAGGUCCCUGCUGUCCCUAGAGAGUAAUGGUGAACCUUCCAGAUGGAAUGCAGGUGGAAUGGCUUGUUCAAAAGAAAGGCAGACAGGGAAGGUCCCGGAAAAGAUUUCAGCAACGGGAGAUCCGGUGUCAAGGGAGACCUCUGGUCUCAAAUUCUCACGUGGAGCCUUCAGUCCCAAUUCACACGGCCAGUUCCAGGAGGGGGUGCUGGAUUCGGGCUGUGUCGAUAAAAAGACUCCUUUCAGGAGGCGAGGUGCACAAUCUUUGAAGCUGAGUUUCCGGCUCGGGAUUCUGUUCGUAUGUGAAACACAAAAUGCGCGGUUCCCUCGAACGCUUGAGAAGAAAGCCAUCCCUGUUACUGAGAAGGGCCCAGAAAGGCAAUGACCUUCGGGAUUGGAACUGGGAUCCGGCCCCGCUCUUACCCGCGUCUCCGCAGGCCCCGUUGAGGGCGCGCCCCGCCUCCGGAGGCGGGGUCCCAAGGGCACCACCUGGGGCCCCUGGAGCGCUGAGGGGUCCCAGCUGGGGGGGCGGGGCGGGGCGGGCGCUAAAGGGAGGGGCUGCCGCCGGAGAGGGAGAGCCCCGGAGCGGCGUCUCAGUUCCCGCCAUGAACGCCAGCGGCCCGGGCUACCCGCUCGCCUCGCUCUAUGUGGGCGACCUGCACCCCGACGUGACCGAGGCCAUGCUGUAUGAGAAGUUCUCGCCCGCCGGCCCCAUCCUGUCCAUCCGCGUGUGCCGCGACGUGGCCACCCGCCGCUCGCUGGGCUACGCCUACAUCAACUUCCAGCAGCCCGCCGACGCGGAGCGGGCACUGGACACCAUGAACUUCGAAGUGAUCAGAGGACAGCCCAUCCGCAUCAUGUGGUCCCAGCGGGACCCAGGACUCCGCAAGUCGGGUGUGGGCAACAUCUUCAUCAAGAACCUGGAGGACUCCAUAGACAACAAGGCCUUAUAUGACACCUUCUCCACCUUUGGGAACAUCCUCUCUUGCAAGGUGGUGUGUGACAAUCACGGUUCCCGAGGCUUCGGCUUCGUCCACUUUGAAACCCAUGAGGCCGCUCAGCAGGCCAUCGUCACCAUGAACGGGAUGCUGCUGAAUGACCGCAAAGUCUUUGUCGGCCACUUCAAGUCUCGACGGGAGAGGGAAGCAGAGCUGGGAGCUCGGGCCAUGGAGUUCACCAACAUUUAUGUGAAGAACCUCCACAUGGACGUGGACGAGCAGGGCCUACAGGACCUCUUCUCCCAGUUUGGGAAGAUGCUGAGUGUGAAGGUGAUGAGGGAUGACAGCGGCCACUCCCGGGGCUUCGGCUUUGUCAACUUUGAGAAGCAUGAGGAAGCCCAGAAGGCCGUGACAGACAUGAAUGGGAAGGAGGUGAGAGGGCGGCUACUGUACGUGGGCCGGGCCCAGAAGCGGGUGGAAAGGCAGAAUGAGCUGAAGCGUAGGUUCGAGCAGAUGAAGCAGGACCGGCUGACCCGUUACCAGGGUGUGAACCUGUAUGUUAAGAACCUGGAUGACUCCAUCGAUGAUGAGAAGCUGAGAAGAGAGUUCUCUCCCUAUGGAGUGAUUACCAGUGCCAAGGUGAUGACAGAGGGUGGCCACAGCAAGGGGUUUGGCUUUGUGUGUUUUUCCUCUCCAGAAGAGGCGACAAAGGCCGUGACAGAGAUGAACGGGCGCAUCGUGGGCACCAAGCCGCUGUACGUGGCCCUGGCCCAGCGCAAAGAGGAACGGAAGGCCAUCUUGACCAACCAGUACAUGCAGCGCCUGUCUACUGUGCGGGCCCUGGGUGGCCCCCUCUUGGGCUCCUUCCAGCAGCCCGCCAGCUACUUCCUGCCCGCUGUGCCCCAGCCUCCUGCCCAGACUGCGUACUAUGCAUCCAGCUCUCCCAUGCAGCCUGCCCCCAGGUGGACGGCCCAGCCUCCGAGACCCUCGUCCACCUACCCUCCAGCUGCCUCAAUGAUCCGACCACCAGCCAUGUUGCGGCGCCCCCCGGCGCAGGUCAGCGGUGUCAGGCAGGCCUCCACCCAGGUGCCACCCACGGUGCCCCACACCCAGAGAGUGGCCAAUAUUGGUACCCAGACCACAGGAGCCAGCGGGGCGGGAUAUCCUGCACCAAGUGGGCCUCUGCUGACACACAAAUAUUCCUCAGCAACAUACAACCACGGGGUCCAGGAGCCUGCUGUGCGCAUUCCGGGACAGGAGCCCCUGACGGCGUCCAUGCUGGCCGCAGCGCCACUGCACGAACAAAAGCAGAUGAUUGGUGAGCGUCUGUACCCCCUUAUCUACGAUGCCCACACCCAGCUGGCUGGCAAGAUCACGGGCAUGCUGCUGGAGAUCGACAACUCAGAGUUGCUGCUCAUGCUGGAGUCCCCCGAGUCCCUCAAUGCCAAGGUGGAAGAGGCUUUGGCGGUGCUGCAGGCACACCAGGCCGCGGAGCUGACAAAAGUGAAUGUGCUCUGAAACCAGGUGGGUGGCUGGGGGUGGGAGAGACGGAGAUGGAAGCAGCGGUGGGCCCAAGAGAAGCUGGGAAGAGCCGGGCAGGGGCUGACUUUGAGAAACCCGCGGAGAAACCAUGUUGGCGCCGGCUCGCUCUCUGAAGCACCGAGGAGUCUGGGGGACGCUGCGAGGCGCAAAGGAGCGGACAGACUGUGGGACGAGAAUGAGUGUUGACCCCUGUGCGAAGUGCGGGUGUUUUCUCGCCAGCUGCCCUGCCUGGCGUCACUGGGGAUAGGCUGGGCUGUCCUUGGGCACUGGGUGAAUUUAUCUUGUGUAUGUGGCCUGCUUCGUCUGCUCUGCCUUCUCCAUGGAGACCAGGUGUCUGCUGUAUGUUAGAAGGAUUCAUUCCUCUCCUUUCAUCCCCAGACAGCGGGAUCCUCACUCCCUCGGCUGAACAGCGCUUCCUGCUUUUGGCUCUCUGUCCCCAGGAGCUGUAACUUAUUUCCCACUCAGGCUGUAUCUGUACUUGAGCUCUGUAUGUGGAAUGAAGGCCGGUCCCCCCCGCCAGCCUGUCACCCUUUCCUUCUGUGCAUUAAAAGUGCUGCAAACUGUCUUGUC